CAAAAACAAAACCAUCACCCCCCAUCCCCCGAGGCCACCACACACGCGCGCGCACACACCAGAUUAUUCCAAGAAGACCUCGGGAGGAUCAUGGCCGGCGUGAACACCAGCGUUGUCGGCCUCAAGCCCGCCGCGGCGGUGCCGCAGUCGGCCUCGCCCGCGGCGGCAAAGCGCGUGCAGGUCGCCCCGGCCAAGGACCGGCGGUCGGCGCUUCUCGGCCUGGCGGCCGUCUUCGCCGCCACCGCCGCCUCCGCCGCCUCCGCCAGGGCAAGCGUCUUCGACGAGUACCUCGAGAAGAGCAAGCUCAACAAGGAGCUGAACGACAAGAAGAGGGCGGCGACGAGCGGCGCCAACUUCGCGCGCGCCUACACCGUCCAGUUCGGCAGCUGCAAGUUCCCCUACAACUUCACCGGCUGCCAGGACCUCGCCAAGCAGAAGAAAGUCCCGUUCAUCACCGACGACCUCGAGAUCGAGUGCGAGGGGAAGGAGAAGUUCAAGUGCGGGUCCAACGUCUUCUGGAAAUGGUGAAGCUGGUCGAUAUGGCGAGUGCUGAUGUAUGUCAGUCAGGCUGUACCUAGAUGUCCAAACUGCACAAGUGUUUCGGCUGUGAAGUCAUCGUCUCUGUAAUUUUAUCAUCAAGUGGAAUCCUGUUUUUCACCUGUAAUUGCACUAGUGGAAACCUGCAUAUAUCCUGUCA